AUGGCAAAUCAUUCUCAGAAUGGUGUUUCCCGAGUACACCACCAUCCAGAUUAUUACCUUAAAGAUGGUAAUAUCACCUUUCUCGUAGAGGAUACUCUCUUUCGCGUCCAUAGGCACUUCUUCGAAUGCGAAUCGCAGUUUUUUAUCAAGGAGUUUGCAAAAGCUCCCCGAGAUGGAACUUCUGAUUCCAGCGCAUUCCGACUCGAGCAAGUAACCAGCGCCAACUUUGAGAAGCUGCUCUGGGUCUGGUACAAUCGAACAUACAGACGUGAACGCAUGCCAAAAGACCACUGGCUCGUCAUACUCGACCUCUCCACAAUCUGGCAAUUCCCAGAGAUGAAAAAACUCGCCGUCGACGAGCUCCAAAACAUCGACAUCGAACCCGUCGAGAAGAUCACUACUUAUGACAAGUACGAGAUCGACAAAUCGCUGCUCUUGCCUGCAUUCAAGCUUCUGUGCAAGCGGCCGAGCCGAAUGUCGACCGAGGAGGGUGAACAGCUGAAGAUGCACACUGUCCUCGGGAUACACGAGGCUCGCGAGCGUGCGAUCAGGAGCGCAGCGGAGGGCGGGUGUCGUAGCCCGACCUCCGCUGAUGCAGAUGAUGAGGAGCUGGAACGAAUCUUGAAUGAUGUCUUCAACUUGACUCCCAAUAUGCAUACCACUAACCGCCAAGACACGCAACCGCAGGGGAAAAAGGAAGUGCCUAUCAUAAAGACUCCGAAGUCAGGUGCGAAUGGAGCCACCAGCAAUGGAGCCACCGGUACGUCGUCUGCGUCAGGUCCGGUACGUAAAGUCUUUCAGCUUAGCAUGCGUUGUGUGGCUUACUAA